AUGAACACUUCUCUGUCUUCAGGUCCAGCAGUGAGUAUUUCAGAAACUUUUUACCACUCAGAAACUUUAUACCAUGAACGGAUAUUCGUCUUUUCUAAGUCUCACUGCCAAAUCAUCAGAGCCGGUUAAAAAGCGAAUGCAUGAAAUUGUCCUUUAAGCAGGUCCUUUUGAAGGUUUGACAGUGAAGGCGUUAGCUCAGAGAGGUUGUUUUUAGGGGUUUAAUGAGGGUAACUUAGUCCUUUUGAAGGACUCAGGACACUAAGAGAAACUAACUGUGGUAUUCCUCUUAAAACUGGUGAACUAAAAGUUAUUUUUGUUUAUUUAAAGGUGUAUCUCUUCAGUCUCUUCAGUCAAGAAAGCAGUCAUGGUACAGUAGGAGGAAUACCAACACGUGAAUGUAAACAGAAGCUGACUUGUAAUCUUUGAACUGGAUCGUAAACACUUAAGCAAACUGGAGAAUUUCUUCAAACAGAGAGCCUCAGUGCUAAGAGAUUAACCGGUGACUGGUUAGAAAUGCAGCCUUGGCGAGCUGCUGUUUGCAUUUCCUCAGCACUCUAACUUCUAACUAAAUGGACUGAUGUCAGUGUGCAGCACCAAAAAGGCAGCAGAGGGUGAAACUAAAUAGAAGAAAUGUGCAGCAUGUUUUAAACGUGCACUUUCCAAUAUGUUAAGUUGUUUCCUUUAAUAAAGAAAAAUAAACUGGAUACAUGCAAAUAUGUUAUAGCCUGUUUGAAACCUUACUAUUGGCUUUCUUGGAAUUGGACCAGCAUACCUCGUUCAUGCAUUUGGGGAUUGAUAUUGUCUUGUAUGUGAACACUUCAGUCAGACCUGACCACCUGGUAUCCUUAUAUGCAUUUAUGCUACUUGAGGUAGUGAACAGGAGAAGCACUUAAAGAGACAAAACUGUUGUGUGGUACAUUAUUAGUUCAGAGUUGUAGGGUUGUGAGUUUUCUACCAUUUGACAUGCGACUUGUUAACCUCAUGCAGACUUGUUUGUCUGUUGUUUUUGUAUGUGAUGUAAUAGCUCUACUAGGAAAUGGUCCAAGUGUAACAUGCAAAAAGAGGGCAUAUAGUAGGGCUGGGCGAUAAACUGAAAAUUUACCGAUACCAAAAUUUACGACAAUAACCAACAUCUUUUUGCCCAUACUGCUGUCAAAAAAAUAAAUACAUAAAAGUUUGUUUUAGAUGUGUGUAGGUAGGCUGUGGUCUCAUGUCCCUUUAAGACGCUGUCCUACGUCGGAGAUGUGACUCCACCCCAUCCAGUCAGUAACAAAGAGGGAAAGACAGGUGAGGAGAUGGAGGACGGUUCAAAAGUUGUAGCAGCUGCAGCGGCAGGGAGGGAGAUGAGCAGCUUGUGGAGUAGUUAUUGUUCAUUUAUCAUUAUUGAGGUGAACUGCUCAAUAUAUUGUGAGAUUGCUUUGAGGCCAUAUCGCCCAGCCCUAGCCUAUAGUAUAGUCAAGAUCAUACAGGACAUUUUAUUUCAUUCAUUUGGUCCGCAGUGCACAACACUGGUAAGAGCAUUCUUACAUUGUUGAGAGGAACUUAAAAGUCGCUGUGCUGCAAAAUGAUGUAAAUUAAACAGUGAUGUGAUAAAUCGUGAAAAACUAUUAAAAUUCAGUGACUAAUCACAGUCAAUAUUAGUUCAUCAAAUGGCAGCCCAAACACAGACAUGAGGUGUUGUUUAGUAACAGAGAUCUGGAUGUUGCUGAGAUUUGCUCUACUGUAUUUUUCAGUUGCUUACCUGACCUAGGCGGUAUCUAUAUGGAGUGAGACCCAGACAGGAUCAAUUUUUUAAGUACGCAAGAUAAACAUGUUGUCUCCUCGAUUUGAAUUCCAGGUAGAUGCCAUGUCAUUUAAGUGCUUUUUUUGUUGACACUACAACCCUGUCUAGUUUGAAUUAUGUUAACACACUUUUAAUUUGUUUUCCCAAUUAAGUUUUGCUGAGAAAUAUGAUAAGAAAAACAAAUAAGUGUUCCGCAAACACAAUCCAAAGGCGACAAAGUUGGAAGGUAACUGGAAGACAAUCAUAGCAUCCCACAUUUGCACUAUUUUACUUUAUAAUGAGAUGUUUCUAUCAAUGAAGGACUUUGUUGGGUCCUCUGAAUGUCACAUGCCAGUCAAAUAAUGUAUAUUGAGACAGUUUCUGUCUUACUUCCAUCAUCUUUUAACAACUAGAAACUCCUCUCUGCUCCCUGAAGCUCCUGUCAGUGCGUGUAAUCCUCCUCAGAGGGAUUAUAACACAAUAGACGUGUUUUGAUUGCUUUUAAUCAGACAACAGAGACUCUUUGUGUCAUGAACACCCGGCCCACUCACGCUGUGAAUGCAUCCACUCAUACAGCAAGGAAAGAAUUAAUUGCCUGCUGUCCAUCUGUAGUUUUAAUAUACUGUAUGUAUGGAGAUUGAUUUUUUUUUCCUUUAGGAUAGAAACACAUAUAGGAGCCAGCAGGGUUAGCUGCUUCAGCACAGACAUACAAUGACUCUCUGUGGUGGGUUUCAAACAAUGGUGGGUGGAAAGCUCCUAUAAAUGAGAGUCUGUUCAGUAAGAGGACUUUAAUGCGGUCACCAGCACCUCCAAUUUAUAAUCCUCUCCUGUGUAACAAUACUUCACAGUUUUGAUGACACAUUUUUGACAUUUUUCACCUGUCAACAACUUAAAAUGUUUAAGAUUAUCUCUACUUUGCAAUCAAGUCCAAUGAAAAUUCAGGUUCAGUCAUAUUUUCUCAACUGUUGAUGAUUUUUCUUGACGAAGUUAUCCAGUUUUUAGAAAGAUCUGACCUUUUUUUCCCGUACCACUGUAGCUGCCUGUCACUUUGCCUUAGAUCCGAUUAAUUAUGUCCUCAAAACAAGGUAAUCCAUCACAGCAAAUACUGGCAGAAAAUGAAUGUUUUUAACACGACCCUGCCUCCAUUACCUGUCACUCACCUGGCACGCUGACAGGUACAGAUGGAGGUCUCUCCAGGAUACAGUCUUCCUGAAAAACAUGUCACCUGACAAACUGCUGAGCCUGUUAGUGGGAUGGUCAUUUUAGGUUAAGUGUGCAUUCGCAAUUUAGGUGUUUCUACCUCAUGAAACUGGCUUUUUGUCUUUUGAGGUGCUCUGAGAUCAUGUAUGAUAAUUUUUCAGUUGUUCAAAGAAGUUUUAAAGAAUUAGAUGAUAUAAUAAUACUAUAUGACCUGUGUGAGGUAGCUAUACACGUCUUACAGCUCAAAAGACUCUAUAUUUAUUUCACACUGGGUUAAAAAAACUGACUUCACAGUUUGUUAUGUCUGCUUUUCCACUUAUAUAAAGUACGAGCUUGUGGGUGUUACCUUUUACACAGCUUUCAAGUCAUGAAACAGUGUGACAUUGUGCCUCUACAGAAAAUGUCUGAAGCUAGCUGUUAGCGUCCAUGUUAGCCCCCCAUGAUACCAUUCAGCCUAUCAAUCUCAAUCAAUCUUUCCUUAUAUAGCACCACUUAACUACUAAAGCUCUAAGCUAGUUAUUACAUCGCUAUAAUAGCUGUUGUUAUAAUAUCACUUGCGGCUUGUAGGUCUGAGUUUUCAUUGAAGAGUUUUUAGACGAAGCAGCUUUAAGUUUCACUAACAGUAAAGAUGCUAAUCCAGCCCGUACUGGUCUCUGUUUACAAAGUAAAUGGCGAGCACAAACACAUUGUGGCUGUUGAUGUCCUAAAACCUAAAAACCUUCUGCUAUUUUUUAAAGCUUUUGACACGGAAAGAGAAAUAAGCUUUAACUUUCCAUCACUACUUUUUGAACCAACAAAAAUCAAUGCUGAGGAGAUAGCUGGUGAUGAAACGCACAUUCAGGACGGCAGAGUCUGACGUCAGCUUGGGGCCGAGUCUUUGGAAGUUCUAGAAAUGAGCUGUUCAGAGUAGAUUACACCCACCAUUAAUGUAUCCCAGGACUAGUGUCAAACAAUAUGGUAACAUCAUUUGUAUGUAUUAAGCCACAGGUGUUGAGUUUGAGAGAUAUGUUAUUUAAAUAAUAAGGGGAUGAUGGAAAAAAAAGCUACAUUCAGUUGUAAUUUUUGGAAAAGUAUAUCUGCAUCCUGCACCGCCAUUAAUGUGAUAGUGAGGCAAACUGCUCUAAAUCACUGCUCCAAUAAAAAGUGAUACACCGUAAUUCAUGUACAAUCCAUGCAAUUAUGAGCAAUUUUAAAACCAUUUUGAGCAAAAUUACACAGCCAGGGUGAAUGUUGUGGCUCUCUAGUAUGUUUGAAGUCCUGCGAUGUAGAGGAAAGACCAGUGAAGUUGUGGCUGGAGUCCUUCCUGUCAACUGUCAUGACCUUUUGACCUCUGAGUAAAGAAAUCUGUUGUUGUUUACUUCAGAAAUGGAGGCUGCCAGACAAGCCGUAUGGAAGUCCUUCAGGUUACUUAAGAAAGAAAAAUACGGCUGUUUGUCGACGCCAAGCAAAGCUGCUAUUCUGCAGAGAAAUGUCCGUCCUCUGAGGGUUGCAUGCAUCCUGCUCAUUGAGAAUAAAUGCAGGAAUCUUUACAGCGGAAUAAUGCAUCCACCAUUUCGAAAGUUAUCAAGCAUGUUUUGGGUUAAGCACUUUUUUGAUACUAUUAAAGGUUUCAUAACAUGUUAAAGAGAAGCUUUCUGAAGAGGUAGGGGGAGCAAACUUGGCUGAUGGAUGCAACAUUUUUUCUGUUGAUAUCGGGUGAUAGAUCAACCUUGGUAUUGUGUCCUGUUCAGUAUUUUAAAGUCAUUUCUGCAUUACAUAGCAAUCUAAUUCAAUAGUAAAUCCCUUAAGUCUGUGCGUUUCCUUUUCAAACUUGUAGUCCUAUCAUAUUUCUUCGACUGCCUGACUCUGACUGAAACGAACCUGACCUUUAGUCCCCUCUUGAGUCUCAUAUCUGAGAUGUGAAACAGUCGUCUUGUGGUAUUCAGGACAUCCUCAUAAUUCAGUCGUGAGGGCAGGAUUCGCCACAUUUCAACCUUUCCCUCCCACAAUUCCUGUUUCUCUCCAUUCCACGUCUAUGAAAAUGUUUCUUAAAGAGUCAGAGAGGAAUGUUUUGACUGUUGGGUGUUGUCUUGAAUCCAGCAGACGAUGGCAUCUCAGACACUCAAGUAAAACAUUUUGUAUGAAGUCCUCAGGAUGAAAGACAUUCCUCAGCCGAGGUUAACCUUACUAUAUAAUUAAAAAUAUGUUUACACUAAAUACACAGCUUGGUUAUGAGACAUAAAAUAGACCUCUUGUUGCAGGUUUGCUACGAUGUUGGUGGAUUAAAGGAUUAAAAUGUAAUCUGUCUCUUUUUUUUACAGUCUCCAGAGUUCCAGAGACACAGAGAGGACUUCCCUGCUCGCCUGGACAAACUACGGCAGCUGAUUGAAGACAAAGUUCACAUCCUAAAGUUCCCUGUCACUGAAGAGCAACAGGUAAAUCAAAACAAACAGAAUAAUAAAAAUUCAAUCUAGUAGCAUACAACUAAUUAAGUUUUGUUUGAGUCUUCUUAAGUAAGGACUCCAUCUGUAUGUUCUUACUUGACAUCUUUUCUCCAUUUAUUCCUAACUUGGACCACCUGGUGAUCUUUCUGGUUAGGGUUUGUGUUAGACAUGAGGUCUGUCUGUGAUUUUACACGGUCAUACCUGACAGUUCAGUAUGUUCAGCAAUGAGGCAGCUGCUUUUGUGCAAAGUUGACAAACAGCCUCAUGCUUUGAAAUUGUUCAACCUCAGACACAACAACGCUCCACAUAUAAGCUGGCUCGCUUAGAAACACAAACACUGCAUAGUAAGCAUGAUAACAUUACCUGGCUGAUGGGUCCGCUGUUGAUACAAGAGGUCAAACUGACUGUGAAUUUUGACAGCAUCUUGAUCUGGAUCCAAAGACAUUACACUUCAGAUUGUCUGUUGCAUUUACAGGCUGUAAAUUCCAGUUUAAGGGAUUUUUACAUUUGUAAAAUUAAUCUCAUGUGAUAUAACUUGAUGCUGAAACAUGUCAGCACCACACAGUCAGAAAAAUCAGGAUUCAGAAUACAUUUAGCAAGCUGAGUCUGCAGCUACAAGAAGAAGGUGAGAUUAAAGUCAGGAUGUGUACGCUUCUGCAGCAGCUGUUUAUCCUUUAUCUGCUAUAAAGUAAAACUUCACAAGAAAAAAACAGCCUGUUUCCUCACAAUAUCACCCUAUUCAUCAUUUUAAACCAACACUUUUAACUGUAGCCGCCGAUUAUGACUUUUUUCAUUUAUUAGAUAAUUCUGUUAUGGUAAGAUUACAAUUUUAUUCCUGUAUAUUUGUGCAAAUGCAAUUUUCUUUAAUUCUACAUCCAAAUUUUUUUUUAUAUACAUCAAAUUUAUUCUUGAAAUUUAUUUAGAAGAAAUCUCAAAAUUCAUCAUUAUCCUCAAUGUGGUCCUAAUCCCAAUAAAGGAUUUCUUUAUUUAUUUCAUAUAAUGGGUAUGGGGGUGGGGAGCUGGGGGUGAGGCAAACCAUAACAACGGUAUGGAUGUAAUUAAGCAACUACCAAAUCCAUAUCUAGUUGUAGCUUUAAAAAAUACAUUUCAUUAUUAUAGGAAUAGUGACCACCACACUGCAGCUACAACUACAUAUGUACUGUUUGUAUUUGGUAGAGAUAAAAAAACAAUAAAGAAACAGUAUGUAAAGAUAAUUAAUGGUAAAGUAAAUGGUUCACAACCUGAGGGUGAAAUUUAGCUUAAAGAAACUUUGACUUUUUAAUCAUUAAGAUGAAAGUGAGGGUGGACAGAAUCUGUAUCAGAGAGUCUCCAUAUAUAUGAUGGGAAACAUAAAAACCGUUUCCAGAUAAGUACUGGUGUUGCAGAGGCAUCAUAAGUCAUUUUGUUUGCUGACGCAGAAACUCUGUAAAAGGGUUUUCAAACUGAAUCUUUGCUGGAGGGAACAGGGCUAAUUGCUCAGCACUGCCUUAACUGCAUUCUUUCUAACAGUCUGUACAGGGCUUUGUUUUUAUUGGCAGCCUCUUUAUGCCACUCACUUCUUUUUUCCACCCUAUUUCUCUGUUUCUUUUUUUGUUUGUUUCUGAUCUCUCCUGAGGUCAUUUUCACAAACCAGCUCAUGUCCAAUGAGAAACCGUCCGCCUGCUCGAUAAGUGUUGUUUUUCUCAAGCUUGUGGGAACCAAACUUUGAUAAAAACGCAUGUCUGAAAUGUCAGUCAGGGGGUUAAUGGCCCCUCCUCGAUGUGUAACUUGUCUAAACAUCUCGUUAAAUGAGGCUUGAAGGCUUGUAGUGACAGUCUCAGCAAAGAUUAGUGGAAAAACUACAGAUGCAGUUUUUUAUGGAUGUACUCCAAACAUGAGGUUUGUAGCUGAUGCAAUCUUCAUGAUUUUUGGCGUUUAUGAACCUGUUAUGUCUAAGUUUGAGUCUCUGCAUAAGCUGUACUCUCAAAAUGAAGAGUUUUCUCUGAGUGUAUGUCGAAUUUGAGUUUCUGAAGAGCUAAAUAUUGUAUGUUUGAGAAGAGAAUUUGACUGCAGUGUGAAUGUAGUGCCAGUUUGUUUCUCAGAGUGAGUCACAUGGACACACAUAGACGGACAGACAGGCAGAAAGACAGACAGACAGACGAAGAGACCGUCAUGUGCCAGAGUGACUCAGUGGGCCUGUUUUCCCUCAGCCCACAGACGCUCACUAACGGACUCUGUCAGCUUCAUGAGUUCAGAUUCACAGCCUGAUCAAACGUCACCUUCAACAACUUAAGCUUUACUCAUCGUGUCCCCUCGUCUGUCUGUCUAUCUGUGAACCCCACUCUCUUAUCUCUCCACUAGUGAUUCAUCCCUCUCUUCUGUUUUACUCAACAUGUUGCUAUGUCUGACAAACUGAGACAGCAGGGUACGAAAAAAGUCUCACACGUUAUAUUCAAAUCAGUCACUCUCCAGUAAAUUGCUUUUCCCUCGUGGCAAAAGACGGGAUCUUUAUUUAGGCGUAAAACAGGCAGUUCUUGGACUCUAAAUUCAGCCUGAGGUAAAUGUCAGAUUUCUGAGGGAUGAAGUCAGAAAAUUUGCAUUAGUGUUGUUACAUGUCUUUUCCUGAUUUAAUGUCGCUUUGUUCCCUGUACCUGUGCGAAGUUUAAAAACAACAGAUGUCUAAAAGAUCAACCUUAGCAAGUUAUGUGUCGGAUUUCAAGAGAAAAAGUGUUAAUUGGGCUAAAUUUAAGACACACUAACCUGAAAAGCCUAAUUUUUAAGCAUUAUGUGCCAAAAGUAAGAUCUCAGUCAUUUUUGCAUUUUCUUUUUUCAUCAAAAGACAUUUCAAGAAAUUUGAGAGACACUAAUAUAUAUAUUUUUUAACUCAUUACUGCAAUUUAAUUCUUAUUUUUGGUGUGUAAGAGCUUGAAGUAAGACAUUGUAUUUACUUGUAAUGUAACAAUGGCUUAGAUAAAGUCCAGUCAGACAUUUUUACUAAAAAUAAGACAAAAACAGUUCCUAACAUCUGGAUUUUUUUAAACAUCUGGAUUGACUGUGCCAACACCUCUGUAAGACAGCUUCUCCUUUGUUUUCCUCUGUGUGGCUGUUGAGCGUCUAAAAGCUUCUUUAACUUCUUGGUCCUUGUCUCGUGAUCAGGGUUCGGAGAACACAGGGACAGCAGGACUGUGGAGGUUUGCUGUUCUGAGCGAGGAGCUGACCUUUCACCUCCAGCAGCUGCAGAGACAGACAGAGCAGGAGCUCAGCAACAUCUGCACACAGUGAGUCAGCAGCAAUGAGAUUUAUUUAUUUGCAUUAGUCUGUUCGAUAAGCGCAGUAGAGCAGGAACCUUUUUCUGGGUGUAUGUUGAGUAAUGACCCUCAAAAUACUGAUCCUUUGAGUCACAAGGUUGACUGUGACAUAUUUAAGUCAAUUCAAUAAGGUUCAAGAAGGUACUUCUCAUUGCCUUCAAAAUGUCUGAUUAUAUGUCUAAAAUUCAGAGUUUAUUUUUUCCAAACUGGACCAUCUUCUCAUCUUAAAUCAGACUGUCAUCUUUGUAAACAGAUCAAAACUCUGUACUGGUUUGUGGGGUUUUGUCACAGAGUUGAAACACAGAUGCAGGAGUUUCACUGAACCUCCUAACAGCGGCAGGUUCUGCUUCACUGGAAAGUACAACAGGAUCCAGCCUGUACCUGAGUGUGUAUGAGAGAGUUUGCACAAAUGCAUGUCUGUAUGGCUGAGAGGAAGUCAGAGAUGGGGCGAAUGAAUCCAGGUACCAAAACGAUUAACAAGCACUUCAGCAAGAGUCCAACUGGUUAUUUGCCGAACAAUGACAAUUAUACAAUUUUAAGAGCCAGACUUUCAGGUCAACAGCCGACCUGACCUGUGAGAUUUGUGCACUUUUGUUUAAUUAUGCUUUAUUUAGGUCAAACAUGUGGUGACUUGUUCAAAAACCUACAAUAUUAAAGACUAGACCAGCAACAGUCUGUUCUUCACAAGGUCAAAAUGACUGUUUUGGUGUAGGUGGAGAUACUGGUACAUUUAUAUGCACUGUAAGUUAAUUAAGCCACAAUUAAAGCUCUAUUAGGCAAUUUAACUGCAAUACUGUUCUCGUCUCAGUUCACAAGCACCAGACAAAAUGUAAUAACUGACAGGAGCAUGUCUGUCUCCGCUACAGUGAACGGCGACAUGCUUGUAUGUACUGCUGGGCGUUCUCUUAGUUGACCCCAAAAUAACCGACAAAAUGUGCUGACACAGCGAACAAUAAAAAUCUCUUUUACAGCCCUGUACCGUUCGGUCUUAUGAUUCAAUAUUUCAUGUCUUUUUUAUAUCCUUUCGUCAUCUGUUGAGCCCAUGUUCACAACCCUGCUUCCUAGAAAUGCUUUAAAGACCCACUCCAACGAAAAUCAUGUUUUUCUUAUUUUUUAUACCUUCAUCUGGCAUUUUUCUGAUGCUACAGGACAUAUCAUGAGAAAAAUAAGUGCAAAAUUGCAUUUCUUAGUAUUUUUGCAUUCAAAUCGCUGUAAAUCUCUGGCAGACCCAAUUCGUAGCAAAUCCAAGCUCCGUCCCCAAAGCCCCGCUAUGCAGGCCACAGUCUGAGAAACAGAGAGGAUGAUCACAGAACAAGCUUGAACAUUAGCGUAUUAACAAUGCUCCUAAGAAAGCUAAUUGUGAAAUUAGUGAUAUUAGAGAUAAUAGUGUUCGAGGGCUGAAUAGCUCCUAUGUUAUCUGCCACUUCUACUACACUGGCAAUGUUAGGCUGCAAGCUAAUGUGAAGAGGGGAGUGCAGAGCAGCGCUGUCUCCGCCUACGACUAAGAGGCGAAUUGCUAAUGAGCUACCGGAGCUCUGCAGAAGAAAAGCCCUUGGAAUUGACACAGGAGACGUGAUUUGGGCUAAAACUUUAUAAUCACAGUUUAAAGGCCACUAAAAACAAUUUAAGUAUUAAAAAAAAAAGAAAAAAAAAACAAUCGGAGUGGGACUUGAAUGCUUUACUUUAAAGUGUUUCGAACACUUCUGCCGGAUUUAGUUCAAUUGAAGUGCAAACAUGACUGAGAAAAUUGAUCUCCAACUGUAUUAUCCAGGUAUGUUAGUCUGACUGUGAGAAGUUACAUUUUGUGAUAUCAUAGAACUAAUAUGUUUACGUUUCAAUGUUUCAGUCGUACUAUCGCGGGAAAUACAUUUUUUUAACCAACUAAGUGAUGUAAAAGCUCAUUUCUGUCUUAAAAAGGGUCUUACUCUAAAAAAGAUAGAAAGAGAUCAGAGAGAGCAUCUCAACGGCAAGUAUAAGCUCUUGUUAUGAACAUAAGUGCUGAUUUGUGACUUAGAUGCCAAAAGGAUUUAAUAUGCCCAGGUUUAAAAAUACUACAGUCCUUCUUUAGUCUGCUUUAAAUUGUCAAUACUGGCACCAAAGCCGAAUAAGUGAAUGAAUAAUAGUCAGAAAUGAAACUCUGAAAAAUGUGUCUACCAUCACAGAUGCUCUCGUCUUUUAAAUGCUGUAUGUGUAGCUCUGGUGUGGACAUCAGGCUGGCUGGACAAACAGUGAAAGUGUGACAAACUGUAAAAGUUGGACUCAGUCUGAAGUCCUUGUAAAAACUUUAACAGAAAGUGUGAGAAAGUGAAAGUUUCCUGGUGAAUUUUCAGUUUGCGUUACCACUUGUGCCGCGCUGACAGUAAACGUUCAGAUGGUGGUAGGUGGCUGCUGCCUCACCCCGCUCUCUCGCUCGCCCGUACUCUCUGUACUGCCGCCAUGACGAGCCGUUUGGCAGAGCAACACUUCAACUGCUCUCACUUCUGUCAGACAAGACAAGCUAAAACACAUCUCAGGAUUCAAGGUGUGCCAGCAGACACACACGCACGCACACCCACCCACACACACACAUUAUUCUGAUCAUAUUCCAGGAAAUCUCCAAAUUUCUCUGUAACUUUAGUUCUCGUCUCCGGGACUGAUCGGCUCUUGUCACAACUGGGAUCAAAGACUUAAUGGGAGGAGAUGAAUGGUGCGGUAAUAAAACCUUUUACAUGUCUCUGCCAUGUUGCCCUGCCCACUUCUCAGAUCCUCUUGGCUUACUGGAAGAAGACGUCACCCUGCUCCCGUUUUUACAGGGGUUUUCCUCAGCUUUAAAGGAAGGCUUAUGUAGUCGUGUCAGCGACAACACAGGGUUGGGUUUUAUGCAAGAAAAGAGGAUCAGGCUGUGACUCUACAACAACAGAGAUAAGACAAAUCUGUUAUUUCUGAGCGUACUUCAACAAGCUGCGGGAGUUGAGCAGCUUUCACACUGAAAUUGUUGGGAAGAGUUCUUUAAAACUCUGCUGUGGUGCAGUUUUCUCUCUCUCAAAACGAUAACUGAAGUCUUCCAAAAGUGAGCUGUCCUGCUGUAAGUCAGAAGUAAUCCAAGCAAGCAGUAACCUUCACAGCUCUCUGGUGGAGUUAAAGCUGUCUUAGUGGUUUAGGAGCCAAAGUUUUCCAUCACACAGAGCAUGCUGUCCCUACAGAGCAGCUCACUCUUACUACAGACUUGGUGUGUGUCCUUUAAAGCCCUGUAUGUACAUAUUCUUAUUUUUGCAUUCUUUUUCCAUAGCCUGUCCCCACUCCUGAGUUGACAAAUCUUGUGAAGCCUUUAGGGUCUCACAUACAGACUCUAUAUUGCCUGCAUAGAGAGCAAGCCCACUGAGCAUUUUUUGGUCUAAAAGAGGACUAAUAGACGUCUAAAUGUAGCCUAGACGACUGGUCUGAAAUCAGGCUACCACAGGUCUAAAAAUGAAAGUUUUUCAAUGUCUAAAUUUAGACCAAUGUAAGACUAAAUCUAAACCUGGGCUUUAUCUAAUUAUUUUGGUUAAGUACAUGAAGAUCAAUUAUGCAACUCACGGUUGCUUUUUGAAAUAAAUACUUCUAAAUACUUCUCCCGUCCAAAAAUGUACAGAAUCUAAACGGUUGAAAUUAGGCCUAAAAAAACUAGACAUCUAAUAGCCGUCUAUUGCUCAGUGGGAGGAGUCAUCUCAAAUUAAAAUGAUUGGCAGAAAUGAUUGAUGCUCAAGGGAAUCACCCCGUCUAUCCAGCAUGCUGGAAGUAAAGUGAGACAGAAAAGUUGUUGACAUGACAUUCAGACUAAACAAUAGUGUGAUCCCACAGACAAAGCGCCAAUGCUUCUGUACCAUCUGUUGAGCCUCAGUUAAACUGUUGAUAGCCAUUAAGAAUAAAUUGAAACUUUGAUUGACAAUCUUAGAGCCAAAGAAGACACAAAGAUCAGAUCAGAUCAAUUCAAACAUUCCGUACAUGGACUAUAACAAAGAAGGAAACAAAACCCGCUCUGGUCCACUCAUUCUGGGUCAGGUUAUCAUCGGAUAAUUUGUCAUUUGUGAUCCAGAAACAUAAUAACCAUUAUUUUUUUAUGUAGCUCAUGCAGACCUUCAUUAGUAAUUUUUCCUCUGGUGUUACUCUAAGUUAUCAAAUUCUCUGACCAAUACUUUCUACUGCCUUAACACAGCAGGGUGACUCAGUCUAAGAACAUGAGAGUUUUUUUUUAUCGUGGUUUUCUGGAAAGACGUUGUUUACCUAUUGGCAAAUUUGAGAAAAUACGUUCAAGUAAAUCCUGACCUGAUUUCAAUAAGAAUAUCAAGAUUUAAGUAGCAUCUGAUGAUGAGCUGUGAGCUUAAACCCACAAACAGAGAGUUCAAAGCAGAUCAACUCAGCAGCUGGCAUUAAAACAGCAGAUGAAGUUUAACUGUGAUGGAUUAUGCAUGUUGAUUUCAGCCGUAUUUUCCCGUGGAUAGACUGAAACAGAGUCUUCAGCUCAGUUACGCAAGGAGACUUCUCCCUCUGCCAAGACUAACAAACAGACUGGCAGCUUGGAAAAGUCCCAUCUGAACUCUGUCGACUCUCUCCUCCUCUUGACCUUCCUCCUCCUCUUCUCCGAAGGCUAAUCUGUUCCUGAUAUCUUCAGAAACUUCUGAUAUUGACUGUGAAAUCAAUUUGACACCUCACUGAUUCGAUACCUUGACCCUAAGAUUACUGAAACCAGAUAGAAAGCUGGAUUUUCUUCUUUAAAGCACCAACAGCACAAAGGUCAGAGGUCAGAGAUAUCACAGAUACCGUUUCCUGCCUUUUAACAUUCCAUUUAAGACAAACUGUUUGCUUACUGCCUGUCAGGUAUCAUUGUAAAGAGGUCAUCAGUGUUUUUCACCUCAUCUGCCAGUGGUCACAGGGCUUUGGGAAAUCCCAACCUUAAAUCAGGUUGCUUGAAAUUUCCAGUUUUUGUAUAAUAACAAAACCAACACAAUGUGAACCAGCUGUAUCCUACACUGUCCUUUCCCCUUUAUAAUAAUCCAAUUCAAAACAUGGUCCUGCUAUGAUUUAACUGAGGUGGGUACAUAGACUGUAUAUACUAUGGACAUCUUGGUUCCGCCCUUCGCCAGUCUAUGGAUUUGAAGCCAAAAAGUUCUCGGUAAUUCUGCGUUUUCGGUCCAUUUCCUGAAACCGAUAUUACGCAGUAGCAUUGUACGCACUCCACCGCUUGUGCAGUAGCAUUGUGCACAUUUGACGGGAGAGUCGCUGAGAGUCGCUGUGAUGACGCUCGGCUCAAACAGCAUAUCCCCCGGGUGAGCUAUGCAAUCCCUGAACGCCCAUAGGCUGUAUCAGGUGUCAAUCAUCAAAAACGUGAACCCCUAAUAACUUUUAAAAAUGGAGCGGCACAGAAAAAAGAGGACUUGAGCACAAACCAGUCUUACAAUAACUACAUGUCAACAUCACAAGCAGGGGGGAGAAAGAUUUAUGUUCUGUGUAAUAAAUCUCUAAAGUUUGUCCACAGUCCCAUAAGCUUUGCUGGCGGAGGCGGGAUUUAUGACCUGUACUGCAGCCUGUCACCAGAGGGGGCUGUUCUCAGGGUGGCUUAACCCAGCGAGGAGGCAGACGGCGUCCAUUCUAUGUACAGUCUAUGGAUGGGUAUCUUAAUCCAAGUGCCCAACACGAUCUUGGGUGACAUGCAUUUAGGCUCCCACUCUCCACACAUGACAGAUAUAAGUCCACACUUCAGCACACUGUUUUGAGCAGUGUGCAUCCAGAGAUCUCACCGUGUGCUUUCAAACUGUCCGUCCCUUUUUGAAGCACAUAUGUGUGUGAAGAUGUUCUUCACACAUAUGUGUGUGUAUGGAGUCAAAAGUACGGUAAAUUACUGCGUGUUACGUCAGAGACCAAUUCCAAAGGCUGUAGCAUGGUGUUCAAGUCUAUCAGUCCCAUUAGAUACGGUGAGACCAUGAUAAUGCAUAAAAGACAAACUCUUAAAGUGAAGCACCUUUACACGGUCAGGCUGCUGGGUUGGCUAAUGCUGCAGGUGUCUGUAUUUAUUUGGCUCUUUUUCAUGUUGUAACAGCGUUUGGAAAGAAAAAAAAAACUUGCUUUGUGAAUUAUCUUGGCCAUUCUGCCAUCAUAACACUCAUGAAAUAGUCCAGAUCUGGUCUUGGAGGAUUUCUUGCUUCACAACAAUGGAAAAAUAAUCUGAAUGAUUGAAAACCUAUCAGUUUCAGCCAAAGCUGCAUCUUGAAGGUGAAACAUACAUAAUAAGGUGAAAUAAGGUGAUCCAUCUUAUUUUAGUUUUUGGUCGUAACAGCCUCAAUUACGUCCUUUCUUUCAGUUUCGUUCAUGUGUAUUGUUCUGUUUCGAUUCAGACUCUUUUGUUAUUCAGUUUGAUACUUUCUCUUUCUUUCAGUUGCUGUUCUUUAACUUUCUUUCCCUCCCCCCCUGUAAGCCUGUUGUGUAAUAGAGCCAUACAUGAAAAAAUAUGAUUUCUUCAUCCUCGUUGCUCCCUCUCCCCCUCAUCUUGUUGAAACAUUUCUGCUUCAUUAUAGCAUUCUUCUCCUCCCCUUUCCUUCCUGCAAAUAAAUAUGUAGAAAUGUUUGUGCAGCAGUUCGAAGCAGAGUGAGACAUAACGGCAGAGUGGAUUUACAUACAGGUCUGCAGCAUCACCUUUGUCCGUGUCAGAAACAGUAUGUGGAGUGGGUUUAUCUUCUGUACAAUGGAUCCUUUCUGCUCUAUAAAUACGCCUGAGCGUGUACAUCCUGUGUAACCUCGACAUGGUGAAACCAACAUAUGUGACUGGCUGCGUGAAGUGAUAUACAUUAAUGUAAAAAAGAGAAAAAUAUAACACCCACACAUUUUUCACCUGCAAUUAUGGACUGAAAUGUGUUUGUCACAUACAUUCAAGCAAUUAUGGAAACCUAUUCACGCUUUUCUGUACGUACGCACCUAAUCAGAACACACUGACAGCUGGUGCAGUGUGUGUGUGUGUGUGCGUGUGUGUGUGUGUGUGUGUGUGUGUGUGUGUGUGUGUGUGUGUGUGUGUGUGUGUGUGUAAUUUUAAAAUUGUCAAAACACACACACACAGAUACACAUAUAUUCAUUGGUAAUUACUGUCUCUUCACACUGAUGGAUGGUGUUUCUUGCAGCUCAUCACGCACACACAGGUGUUCUAAUGAAGGCCUUUGAUUGGUUAAGAUAAGUUUUGAUUGACAGGUGACAAAACAGCUUGUUUGAGUGAGGUUUCGAUUUCUUGCAAUCAUCAGAUAUACUCCCAACACUGUGCUGCACACGUUCGUUUCAAUAUUUAACCAAACCUGUUAUUCUUGUUGGAGAUAUUUAGACAUGAGUUAAAUAAUUUAUACAAAAAUAUGUGCAGAAACAUGCAGAAGAAACAAAUUUCAGAAACUGGAGACUCUCCUUGUUGAUAUUUCUCAAUAAGGUUUCCCUGAGUCCAGAAGAUUUUGGGAUAUUUUGGUAUCAAUAAACAGGGGAGGCACAGGCUUAAAUUUAGCUCUAAAUAAAAACCACAGUUUUCAGAUUCAAUGAAAAAUGGUAUGACCAGAAAAAAAACAAACAUCAAAAAUAAUGGUGCAACUUAAUAUUCUUCAAGUCAGAUUCUUUUAAUAAAACUGCUGCAAUAAAACAAGAUGCUGGAGGCCACUGGAGACCAGAUUUUCAUUUUGAAUGUCCAUAAAACAGAUUUGAAGUGUUUUUACAAAAAGCCCAGAUCAAAUGCUCUCAUAUUUCUGAGGGAACACUUUGUCAUGUAGAUUCCUUUCAGCGCUGCUUUGAGAUGAGUUUUUACAUUUGUGCAAAAUCUAGCCUGACAUUAUCGCUUAGAUGAGAGGAUUUCAGUUACAUCACGACAAAAUGAUCCAAGGAUGAGAGUGGCUGCUGAGAGGAAUGCAUGUUUAUAUAAGGCUGUCUUUUGAAUGAUUAAAGGGAUCUGCAAAAUUUAUAGUAUCAAGUGUUAUCUCUAUAUAAUGUCCUAGUUAUUAAUCUCAGUGCAAAUAAUCAGGAAUCUAAAUGGUCACAUACCUUUUUGUCCUUUUACGCACACUGUAGAAAAGCUGCAGCGGCUUCUUCUUGCUUCCUGCUGUCACGGUGAUUUAAGGUAACACCACAUUGUUUUCAGAUAUCAAAAGUGACAUGCACUUAGUGUCAUACUAAAUUUAGGUAUCACCAAAGUGCUUCGAGUUUGAGUGAACGCCUGAGUUAGGUAUACAGGUGGAGCUAAUCAGACUGAUGUCAGCCGGCAACUGCAUCACUAAAGCCAGCAGAGCAAUACUUUGGUGAUUUAAAGUCAGCGCAGACUGUCGAUGAAAUGCUUUAAAGCUGUCUCCUGCCUCAGAGCCGUAGUUUCAGACCACAUCAGUGUAGCAGGACAGCAUUUAUUACAAUAAUGCACUUAAAAAGUCAUCGCGUUCAUUUGAUUCCCGGAUUAAAACACUGGUAAAGGUUGCUUUAAAUUGUUGAUAUCCACUUAAAAUAUGGUUUUAAAUUCAAAAUAAUGCAGUUUAUGAAAAUGUAAUCAGCUUUUUAGAUACAGCUUUAAUAAGGACUUGUUUGCCUGACCCAAUACUUAUAGUCACUUUACGUCUUGGUCAUAAUAAGCCUGUAUUUCGCACUCCAAAUUUAGCAAACUCUACCUGCUGUAUUUAUAGAUUCCCGCUCAGACUUUACCACCGUUCAUUACUCUUUAAUGACGGGAUCAUGUAUAAUGAGCAGGUGGUUAAAUAAAUAAGAAUCUUGACUGGGUGUUCAGUACUCCUCUUUGCUCUGCGUUUGCUCAUUUUUUAAUUAAUUAAAGUUAAAGUAUGAUUUUAAGCCGAUGUCAGAAAUGUUUAUCAUUAAGGAAAGGCAGCAGUGUCAGUGAACAGGAUGGAGGUUUGAAUUAGGAUACCCAUUUUUUAAAAGCUGAAAUAUGUUACCUAGAUGUUCAGAUUUUAAGAAAAAUACAUUGCAGUCGUCUUGAAUCAUUUUAUUAUCUUAGAGAGAGCUUUAACAACAAAAAGGUUUUAUUAUUAUUUAGAAGAAUCUGUAAUCUUACGUCACUGUCUCCUUAAAUCUCUAACAUUUACUAAACCUUAUAUCAAGUUAGCAUAAUAAGUUACUCUUCAUUUGUCUCUAGAUGUGAGGCAAAGAUCACCUCCAUCUUUUAGCUCUUCUUCAGAUUUUUCCUCUCCACAAAGCUGGCUGUGGAGUCAGCAGUCCUCCUUUAAAAACCUCAUUAAUGAAGUGUUAAUAUAUUUCCCAGAGGGCUUUGUGUUUUUUUGUUUCUUUUAAUCCGUCUUCCUCUACAACGUGGAUAUCCCUCCUUCAGUUAGUUCAUUAAAGGCUUCCUCAGAUGAGCUGCUCUUCUUCAUCUUCUUCACAAACAAAACACUUCUCUGUCUCUCAUCAGCGGCUGCUUACGGCGCUCUGUAACAGAGGGUUAGCGCCUCCCAGUGGACAUACCACCAGUUACAUCUUUGUUUUUGUAGUUUAGGUUCAUAUACUCAGAGCGUAUUUUUCAGAAUCUUUGUGACAGCAGAAUAAAACAGGCAGGUAGAAAUCAUGAGCACAUUAUUAUUUCUACUAUAGCUGUGGUCUGUUUAUUCUGCACUCCAGUGCUCCUGCUUUUAGUUUCACAUUCACCAUCGAGUUUGCAGCUUCUUUCAUUGCCACUGGCUGCACAAAAAGUACAAAUUACAGUACAGCACCUUAAUACCCCCACGACAAGAAGACAUAUUUCUAGGACUAUAGCCUUUACAAUAGCUGAUACUACAGUAUUAGCAUUUUAAGUAGUAUGAUUAUAGUGAUAUAAUUUGCUGCACUCUCUUAAUGUCAGUAUGAAAUACUGUAAUACUGCAGUACUCAUCUUAAGCUCAUAGUUCUGUUAAUGCUAUAUUCAAGCUAUUACCACUGCCCAGAACAGCAAUGAUACAAUGAUAAAGCACUUUUGCUUUGCCUGCCUGAACUAGUACUGAGAGCUAGUUCAGGCAUGCAACCAGAGCAGCUCUGUGUCCUCAUAAUCACCCGAUGGGUCUAUUUAAAGAGCAAGCUUUCAUGUUUCUGCAUCUUUGCCAGUGCUGCACUGAAAGUUUCAGCCUCACCACCUCUGCAGCUUCCACCUGCAGACUCCAGCUGUAGGCGGUGUGAGAUAUUGUGUCAUCACUCCUUACUUUGUGCUGGAAAGUUAUCUGCAAGGAUGAUACCAAAGAAGGCAGCCUGGUUGUUUUGACCAUUAUCCCCACAUCUUUGCUUAGUUUUUAAUCGAAAUAUUAUGCAACCAAAAGACGUCUUCCACAUGCAUCACUUUUAUUGUUGUUACCUCUGCAGCUGGUCAUACUUCUACUACUUCUUCAUACUUCCAGUUGAAAGUAUUCACUUCUCAACAAGGUGUCAAACAAAAGAAAAGUUGAUUCCUAACCUGGUGUAAAAACAUCCUAUAGUGGCUACUCCUUCUGUGUUCACAAUCACAUGACUUUCUUGAGUAUUCAGCAGUUGAUGACUUUGCAAAGAAAACACAACAGCUCUUUGUGUGUCUUUCAAGAGUCCGCCAUCUUUGUCUGAGGAAGGAGCAGUUUCAUAAUGAAGUGUGUGACCUGAAAUAGGGCGUCUUCGACAAAUCAGGAAGUGAGAGCAGAGGGUUCAAAGACCGCGAUUAGCCUUUAAUGAGAUCUUUCAAGAACCUCUGAUAGAGCAAACAGGACUUCUAAAACCCAUACAGCCCUUUAAGAGUUUAUGUGCUGAUAUGGUGCGGUGUCUGUCGUCAGUGUUUUCAGAAGCUAAUCUCUGGGUGUCUUAAAGACAAUCAGAGAGCUCUGACCUGUCCUGUCCUGUCCUGUCUCUUCUUUUCUCCUGAAUUAAGGAGUGGCUCAGGUCGUCUGUCAGCACUCAAGGGGUUUAAGCUCAUGUUUUCUCAGCUGGAACGACCUCAUAUAUUAAAGACCAUUCUGUACACUCUGUAAUGAUUGAUGUCUUCACAUUAACAGCGUUUUAAUAUAUAAAUGUUUUUUAAUGAGCCCAGGGUAAUUCAUGAUCGAUUUCUUGACAUUUUAUGUGUGUGAGCUGACUUUUUCAUGUUUGGUUGUAUUAAUUUUCGGUAUGUUUUUACUUUUAAAAAUAUACAGCAUUUCUAGUAAUUCCCUCUUUGUCACUGAGUCAGAAUUAAAGCUGUUUAUAAAGGAUAAUAUACUGCAUUUAUUUACAAAUUAACUAUCUCUCAAUCCCAACCUGCACUGAUUUGCAUUUGAAGAGCUUUGGAUGGAUUUUAAAGACAUUUGGUAAUUUGACUGUUUUUAUAAUUUUGUGUUUCAGACUCUCACAGAUCGAGGGCCGUCAGCAGCUGCUUUCCUCCGAACUUUUGAGCCUUCAGGAGAAAAAGAAACAGGCCGAACAGGAGCUCAAGAGAAACUCCAGCCUUCAUACGUCCACUGUGAGUAACCACAGAUAGGAUUUUUGAGUGCCAGUCGGUUAAAUGAGAAACUCAGUUUAACUUAUUGUCACAAAUAAGCAAAGAAGAGCAUGAAUCUAAGGCUUUUUUAGAAUAAGGCGAAGAAAUGUGCAGUAAUAAGAUGAAAACAUGUUCAAUGUGUGAUAUUAUAAAGAGUCUGAGUUGGUAUGGCAGCCUUUUCUGCAGGGUUUGACAUGGAAACAAGAUAUUCAUGACUAUUAUUUGUCAUGGCUUGAGUUUAGGGACAAAACAAAAAAGGGAAAAUGCACCGUCAGUUCAGUGGGGCAAAAGUUUGUUUCAAAAAAUUGACAGUCCUCAUUGCCAGUAGAGGAUGUGAAAUAAAGAGAGAAAUAAACUACAACAAUUUUUGCCAUGUGGAGAGACUGUCAAAGGAUGAGAUAGAGAGAGGUUGACUGCCUGGUGGAGUAAAACACCAUCCACCAGCAACCUGCAGGAAGACAAACACAGAACCAGUGAAAGGUAACCAAUUAGCAGACCCUUUACAAGGGAACUCAGUCCUUUUGGUGAAAAAAACUAGAAAACUAGAACAAAAUAUAAACUAAUGCAGAGAGGACCAACUUGACAAGUGAUUAAAGUAAUUUUAGGAGAGGAAGAAAGCCCGACUUAAACACAAAUAUAAGUUUAUGCUCUAUUUAGACACUUUUUAGAGCUGCAUUUAGACACUUUUAAGGAGACAGCAUGUACAUGUUUCUCUUCCUGAGUUUGAGAGUCCGUGUCAGUCCACCAGUCGGUCUCUUGAAAACAGGGCAAGCUUAUUGUCUCCCCUGUCCUACUGUCCUCAUAAGUGGACCUUGAGCUGUUGAUGUAUCGUCUCUCAUAAGGCUCUGAAAAUGCAUGAGAACACAAGAGAGAAAAAGAAAAACCUGAGAAGCUGAGCUGUUCAGUAAAACUGUUUUGUAUUUCAUUGUCCUCUUCAGUUUCAGUUGUGCACCUGUCGGGAGCUCCAGGUCUCCAUCACCGAUCAUUUGCUCCAGUCGGAGAGGCUUGUGUUCCAGGAAGAGGCACUGAGCACGCUCCGUAACCUGUUGACACAAGAUCUGCAUAGGUACCAGGAAGAGAGGCAGAGACUGACCCGCUUCACGCAGAAAGUACUCACUCAGUCCCACAGGUAGACAAAACCGACUCCUAAUAGAAGUUUGAUUCCUUCAAUUUAAUAAAAUAAAAUGUCAAACAUUAGUUUUUAUACAAAAACUCUGUUUUAUAUCAAUAUCUAAGAGAGUAAUGAUGAAAAAAAAUUAUCUUUUCUUUUCUCAUCAGGUUGGACAGAAAGGAAAGGUCUCCCCCUAGAGAGAGCGACCACAGCAUGCAGGGAAAGAGUGAGACAGAGCAGGAAAACAACAUGGUACAGCUUGAUUUAAACUCACUUCACGUUGAAAAACCUUCUGACUUUGCUUGACUCUGAUUUCCUGUUCUUGGUGCCAGUAGACCCUUUAACACCUCUUCCAAACAGUGUUUACUCUUUGGAAGCAAACUAACACUAAACCUAAUCCCACCUGUUGUUCUGAAGGGUCCAGCUACUAUUUUACCAACAGAGGUUUUAAACCAAACUCCAGAACAUGGGUAUACGUGUUAAAUGGAAAAUAAAAGGAACAGUCUGGGGUGCUCCAUGAGAAGUGUGAGCAGUACUUGACUGGGUCUCUGUGCAAGAGAUAUUGAUAAGGAGAAAUGUUUGAAAAUACGCUCCACAGUUGAGUGACAGAGAAUAAGUUUCUGAUUUUGCAGAUUUUAUCUGACAUUUAAAGGGGAAGUACAUUCAUGAUGCAUGUAAAAACUGACUUUUGGGCUGGUGCUAAUGUCUGCAACACAGUUUGUCACUGUAGCAUCUGUCAUCAGAUGAGUUUUUUUAAUGAACUUUAUUUUGGGUCAUUUUUGCCUUUAUUAGAGAGGACAGAUGAAGAAAGACAGGUAAUGUGGGGAAUCAAGAGUGUGGGAAGACAUGCAGAAAAUGCCGUGACAAAGCCUCUGUAUAUGGAGUGAACUUAGACCACUACACCAACAGUGCCCCCCAUCAGAUGAAUUAUAUUAUGAAGUAAUGAGACCUAACAGCUGAGUCACAGAAAUUAAACAAUAAUGCCUAUUUAAGAUUAAUAAUGCAUAUGUAAUUAUUUUCUAAGAGACUAGAGGAAAAUUCACUUUAAGUCUUCUACGUUCUAACAUUUUUGCUUAAAAGAAAUUUGCUCCCGAUGCAAAAUAAGUAAAUAGAAAGUGUUGGUUUCAACUUCAACAUGUACAAGAUUAUAACUAAAACAGUAGGGCUAGUGAGGAGGUUAAUUCAACCUUUUUUUUAUUCAGCCACCUGAUGUCAGGUGGUGAGUUACCAAUAUAUACUUCUCAUAAAGUAUCAGCACAUAUCAAAGAUAUCCCCGACAAUACGUGAACAUUUUUUGACCCCAAACUCUCCAGUUUACAGCAAGAAAAUGAAAAAUCAAAUAUGUUAUUAAAAACAAGGGUCUAAGAAUAAUGAUCAAACUUGAGCUCUCAGCUGUCAAACCCAUCAACCAGAUCAAAUAACAGCUCAUUUAAAGACUACCUGUCCGUGCUUUCAAGGUCACAGACUCCAGGUGACUGCUGUCUAUUAGGCUAUUUCAAUCUCUUCAUAAUAAAACUCAUGUAGGUAACCAAAUAUAAAACAAAUUUCACGAUAAUGCUCAAUAAUUCAAAACAUAUUCAUUUCUCACAAACCUUAUUCAGAUAUUUUUCUUUCUCUUGCAAAACUUUGAACUUGACCCGACAGAAAGUUGUUCGUUUUACCAGCAACUUUUAUGCAUAUUCAGCAUUCAAAAGGCCUUACAGGGUUAAAAUCAGAACAUAGGAAAGCAUUAAAGGCAACAUGAUAUGACGUGAAAAUAAGACGCUUAAAUUCCAAAUGUUUGAAAAUAUAAGAUUUAGUUUCCAAAAUUAAGAAUUAAUCCAACCGUUUUAACCACAUGUUGAAGUGGUCUUUCUCCUAAAUUAGAAGGUAUUAGUAAUUUUUUCAGGUUUGGGGAUUUAAAAACAUCAAAACACCGUAAAUCGUAAUGAUGAUAUUUAGAUUUCAACUAAAGAACAAACUAUAAAAGACAGAAAAUCGCAUUAAAGAAACCUCUCAGUUCAGUUAAGUUAAAGAAGAACAGUUUGACUGUCUCUUUGUCUGCAAAUGUGUGUUUGUGUGAGUUUUUUUUCAUUUUGGUGUGCAUGUCUGUGAUUGUGUGAGUGUGUGCAUCCUCGUCUGUGCGUGUGUCUGGCAUGGAUCCAGCUGUUGUCAGUCUUUCUCAGACAGUCAGAGAGGAGACAGAGGAAACAUCUGCCCGCUCAUCUGGCUCUGUCUGUCACACACACACACACACACACACACACACACUUUUUGCAUCUUUCUCCUUAAAAAAAAAAACCCACAGGCAGAAGGAAAAAAGUCCCAUAAUAAACUGACAGAGUUGUGACAGCAGAGGAUGAGGGAGGAAACCUGGUUUUGGAGUCUGAUUAUAACAGGAAACCUGUCAAAGUGUCAGCACAGUUUAACUCAUGAAGCUUAAACACAAACACAGCAGACAGGCCGCCUGCCAACCUGCUGAAGCUCCUGCACACAAAUACUGUAUGAAUCACACUCACUGUUUCCACUUCAGACACAGCCUCAUUCAGAAAAACUGGAUUCUCUACAAAAAGUGAAAACUACAUGUUUCAGUGAUUUUUGGAAUUCUAACUUAGUGACAGAUAGUUUGAUUCAUGAAUUAAUCAGCUGAUUUUAUACAUGUAUGUCCAUCACUAUUAGUCAUUAUGAUCCUGGAAUAAUUUAUGCAUACAAACUUAUCAAAUGUUCUUGAAUUAAAAGCUGUUUAAAAUACAACCACAGAAAUUACACAAUUAUUACCUCUCAUAGUCAGGAAAAGUAGAUUACCAUCCCCUAUUCUCUAACAGCAAUAUGAAAUAUCCAAAAUAUGAAGACAUCCACCGUAUUAGUAAACACAAGGGUAGAAUAAACAGGAAAAUCUGCAUUAUCUCUGGUAUUUUUUGUUAAAUUUAGAUUGUAUUACUGAUGAUUUACCAGCUACACGACACAUGAUAACAAAUGACUGUGGGGAGAACCAGCACUUUUUCUUUUCCCGUUCACAAUCUUAUGUUUAAAAAAACUCUUUAAAAAAAAGGACAGAGGAAACAAAAGCCAUGCAAAUCCCUCCAUUUGUUCCUUUUGUUCCAACAUUUUAAUAUUGAUAAAUGUUCAGUUAAGACUGGCCUCUUUUGAAGAUUAUUUUUGGAUAAUCCGUCACAAAAUGAGGAAAAGGAAUUCUAUAAACACACACACUUUUGUUAGAAACAUAUUUAAUGCAUUUAAUAUAGAGGGCAUGUGAAUUUGUAUGUUUUCUCACAUAUUUUAUAUGAUCAAUCUAACAUCUAUUUGUGCAUCUUUAAAACCCAAAACCUUCUCAAACUUUCAAAAGUACUGAAAAUAAGAGUUUUAAGUCAAAUGAGCUUGUAUUUAUUUUUUCACUCUCAGGGAAAUAUUGGAUAAAUCUGAUUUAAACUCAUUAUUCUUAGUUGAGUAAGAGCUGCUUAUAAUAUCUGGCAUAAAUGUUUUAAAAUAAGUUCCAGAAACUGAGCCUUAUAACAAGAUUUGGAGACUUUCUCUGUCGGAUUUUAACCACAGAUAGUUCCACUGUGUCCCAGGAUUAAAAUAUUAAAGCUGCAAAAUAUUAUUUAUGAGACAAGUCAAUUUGCAGAUUAUUUUCACAUGGUUGGUAGAAUCACUAAAAUUAUUCUAAAAUCUGAUCCUGGUUUCCUAAAGCUCUGGUGAAAUGAUCCUGUUUUAAAAACCUGAAAUAGACUCAUUGAUGAUACACGUAGAAAAAGGUAAAACCAUGUUUGAAAUAAACAUUUUCUCUCAUUUAGACUUAAUUUGAACAGUUUUAAUUGUUGCUUCAUCCCCUCUUGCACGCUAACCUGUUUCUUUUUAUUUCUACACUUAAUUUCAUUUCUAUUUUUCACAGCUUGUUUGGCUGAAAGAACCCGGUGAUCAUAGACAUAAGCUCAUUUAUUCAUAAAUGAGACAUGUGGGAUUAUUUUGACUGGGUUCAGCCUGAUCCGUAGUAAAUAUUCCAUAAUGUUAGGAUAAAUGUGGGCUAAGCACAGUGUGAAAAUGCGCAGGCCUGAGGGUGAAGACCGAGGGCUGGUCGGCUGAUUAAUCUCUAUUAUUUACAGUCAGAAUGAGUGGAGGUGGGGGGGGCAACAAUAACAACAAUAACAACAACAACAACACAGGAACAUAUUGUGGAGCAGAUUGCCUUGGGCCAAACGUAGCUCAACGUUGAGAGACGUAUGUGUCCAACAUGAGACUCCUGCUGCUAAUUGGUUAUUUAUUUCAUUUUUUAAUGUGCCGAUCUUUACCCCUUCCUCAACGGUGGAAGUUUGCUGUACUUUGAGAGUGUUAGGAGUUUGUGUAAAAGGUGACACUUAAAGAGAGUUUCUUUUUGACUAUAAGAGAAGAAAAGCACUCCCAUAGAAGUCAUAGACCGUUCGAUUAGAGAGAUGUCUGAAACAACGGAGAAAAAUCACAUUCAAUGUCUCAUGUGCGAGAGAAGUGUGCGUUUUAAAGCACAAGCAAGUGUACAUAUUUUUACAGUAUAUCUCUGUUAGGAGGAGUGCAGGUCAAGAAGUCAGCUCCUCUUUUAAACUCCCACUCCACAAAAUCCCACCUCUGCGUACUAACAUCAGGGAGGCAUUCAAAGUAAUUCCCACGAUGCAUUUCUGUCAUAUAUCUGGGUCAGAUGGUGUAAAGCUCUACACCAUAUGUCUGCUCUGUAGUGAGGCCACAGGGAUGAAGGACCAGUGUGUGUGUGAAUGUGUGUAUGUGUUUGUGUUUGUGUGUGUGUGUGUGUGUGUGUGUGUGUGUGUGUGUGUGUGAAUGUGUGUAUGUGUUUGUGUGCAGGACUUUUGGGAGUUCAGAUCUGGUUUUCCUGAAUGUUUUCUAUCUGUGUGAUUUCUACGUUCACUUUGACACACAUCAUCAUGCUAACAAAUGUGAAGUUACGGUUCUGAACAUAAGUGAACUCUUUUUUAAAAUAAGUGUAGAUAGAAAAACAAUAUUUUGCAAAAUCAAAUAGUGCCACAAAAAAUUUUGGAUGUCUGUUCAGCCAUCUUAAAUAAUUUAAUAUGAAAUAAAAUUGAAGGUAAACAUUAUAACAAAAAUAAAUUAAUUAUUCAUGCACAUUAGAAUUAAACAUUCACGGUUAUCUUAGCCGGUUACAUGUUACAAAUAGAUUUUCAAUUACUUCAAUGAGAGCCAACGCUAGUGUGAUGUUGUUUACCAUCAAUAAGUCUGAAUAAUCAGCCAACUGAUUCAUUAGUCCAUGUCUAAGCUGUUAUUAAGUCUACCUAUGUUUUGAAGAGGCAUCUACAGCUAAGCUCUACAAUGCUUCAGCUCCAAAAUAGCAAUAUUUUUCUUUCAGUUUGACCAAAACUGUUAGCCAGAGGGAAAUUAAGGAGCUUUUAGCUGGUAAUAUGGAGAAGAAGAUGAUACUGAUGUUAAUGGUAGAAGGUUUUUCUCUCAUGCUGUAGGGAUAAUAUAACCAACAUGCAAAACUAGUCAAGGAUUUUUGGGGAUUUUCACUCUUGGUAAAAAUAUUCUAAAACAUAACUUUUGUCACUCAGUACCACAGGGAUACACAAGUUACUAUUGAAUUUCAAGUCAAGUUGUGGCAGGAACUAAGACUGACCUUACACAUUUGAAAUUAGAUCACUGUUAACCACAGUCGUAGCAACUCAGAUGUACUUUACACACUGUGUGGAAGUGACAGAACCUGCAACGACAAGUCAGAGACAGAUAUUUUGUUGUUAAUUAUACUAAAGACUCCUAGACUUUUGCUGAUGUGUUUACAGGCAGUUUUAUGUGAUUCAGCCGAACAGCUUCAGAGCGACGUAUACAGUCUACAGGCUGUUCGAUUACUCGCCAUGAUGGAGAAUAGAUGCAUGUUCAGGCUUGUAAUUCAGAUCAAAAACAAAGACUUCUGCAUGAGAGCCAAUGUUACUUAAAGUUGAUGGCUCUUGUGUUUUUCUGCAGCUUUGUGUACAACUGUUCUAACUGUGAUGGUCUGUUUUGCCUGUAAUAAAACACCAACACCACAGAUUAAUGCAAAAUUAUAAAUGCUAGACCAAAACAGGCCAUCCAUCUGUUAAGACAAAUCCUGUCAAAAUGUGGGUGUCUUCAUAAACCAAGGAAAAAUUAUCUGCUUUCCUUUCCUAGUUCUACUUUAAUGACAGUGAUUGACGGAGCAGAUGCUGAAACAGACACAAAAAAUGUGAUUUAAUUUCACAUUCAAGGGUAUUAAUUAAAGCGUCAAAAUGGAUUAGACUUUUUAGUAUAUAAUUAUCUUGAUUAUACUUUUAAUAUACAUGUGAAAUCAUUUUACCCAUAUUAAUUUAUCAUCUUUAAAAGCCUGCCUCUGAUAAAGUGAUCCCUGGAGAGAUCUUGACCUGAAUAUUCAUAAACUCACUGGAACAAAUAAACUCCACAGAAGGUCAGGAAUUUAAGAGCGAACACGCUGGGUGUCCCCGUCUCGUCUUUCCAUGAGAGUCCAAACUGAGCGCGCUCUGCUCACAGGGCAAAAAUAAUAACAUUAAAAUCAUCAGCUCAGAGCUAAUCCCAUCCCGGCCUGUAAACAUUUUAAUACUGAGGUGAUUAGCAGUGAUCCACCCUCCCUCUUUGCCUGCCCAGACCCCGGCUUCACUCCCAGCCCAGCCUUGGCUCACCGUCCCCUGGGGAGGCAGCCAGGCGAGUCCCUGGAUUAAGGCCACUCGGUGCUUUGGACCCUCAAGCCCCGAAAGUUAAACCCCUGGACAUUCGCCACUUCAUUUCUCUAAGUGGCAUCAGCCUCCUUGUUAUGAUUGUUAAUUAAAGUUGGAUUUAAUCAAGUGGCUUGUUGGCAAAAUUUAUAAAAGUGCUGCCAUUUUCUGCUCCAUUCUUUGUUUCUGAGUGAGUGGAGUGGGUUGGAGUGGGUUUACGAAUCAUGGCGUCUCACUGUCAGUUCACACGCCGUAUACUGUGUGCUGUACAUCCCGUCUUUUAUUCAGUGUGAGAAAGUAAAAUGCUGUUCUGCAGGGGGGGAGGGGGCAGAUUUUUCAGAUGAGUGAGCAGAUGUUGCUCUUCCUCUGGAGGGAUUUAUGUCAGAUAGAAGCACACACACACACACACACAUACUCACUCAAACGCAGCAUGUUGUAUGCAUUUGAACAGUGAACAACGUCUACCCUCUGCUAAGGAUGCACUCUCUUAUCAAGCUUAAUGGAAGAGUCAUAUUAAAACUUGCUGUAACACUUACAACUUUUACUUUUACUGUUUGUGCAAGCUAAUGUUCUAAUGUUUCUGGGUAGACUGUGUAAAAAGUAACACCACCACCUCAACGUCAUGCACACUAACUUGUACGCACCGACUGCAAGCGUCUCUUCAGGAAAGGAAAUAAUGGUACACUCAGUUUGUCUACUUUGCUCAUUGCUGAAAUCUAACAUGCAGCUUUUGAUUGAUCUAUUCAUUAAUUUAUUUGUUGGCUUAGCUUACAAAUCAUGCAGACAGUAGUGCUUGGGAUGCUUUGAUUGACCUGCAUAUGGAUCAAUCUUUGGUGCAUUAUUUGUGCUUUUUGUUGACUUGGGUAUGAAUGAGUUAGUCAGUGUGCUCUAUUUGUGGUGCUGAUGGGGAUGUUUUAGCGUUACUAGUAGUUGUAUUUUUAAUUAGUCAUCAUAUAUAACUCAAUCAUUUCCACUUUUUAAUCAAAGCCAACAGUCAUAGAUUAAGUUAUAACUAAACAUGCAGCAGCAAAAUCUCCUCUCUAAUCGAAAUGCAGUUUCAGCAGAUGGCUAACAUGAGUCUAGUUCUGCUCAAGGUUUCUGCCUGUUAAAUAAGUUUUUCCUCACUGCUGUAACUUGCUAAAUACUGCAAAGUGUUACACUCAUGUGGUUGAAAAUGGUAUGGGAGUAGAUCUGAUUUUACAAAAGGGGACUUAAUCUUAUCCCAUCUUGAAGUUUGGUCUUUCUGGAUAUAACAAAUUGAACAGUCUAGAGCAGCUUUUUUUGUCACGUCUUGGUAGCUAGCUUAUAUUUUUAAAACGUAUCUGUGUGGAUUCUGGGUUAAAUUUGAACAGGAAUAACAAGCUUUAUAGUUGAUAGCAACAGACUCCACUCAAACCUGUCUGUCACUUUACCUGACCUGUUAUAAAGGCAGAAAUGACUCAUAAAGGUAAACCAAAAAAUUAAACAGUCUUACUUCACUGUAUAUGAAGAUUUUUGUAAUAACCCUUUAAUAUUGUUUUAUGCUUCCCGGUAUCAGCUUUUUUUCUGAGUCAGUAUCCAUUAAUGUACAUCUAAAACCAAAAGCCAAGAUGUCCGCCCAGUCUGUUGACUUAUCAUAACCCAUAAUGCACCAAGACAGAGUAAAAGAAAUGGGAAGCAAGUGUGUUCAUGUUUAUUGUCUGUAGUAUCACCCACCAUUAACUAGGUACAUUUGCUGCUCAGACUGCGUUAACAUGGUUUUGGGGGUCUAUUAUUGUGUUCACUUCUUUCAGCAAGGGUCUGAGCCUUCGCCUCGCAAAUCGCCCACAAUUGUCCGUCAGGGCGCCGUCAAAGACGAGGUCGACCACAUCAAGAAGGCCAGUCAGAAGCCCUCUGGAGUCCUGUCCGGGGGUUCAAACCUGCGCCGAGCAGGCAGCAUUAAAGACCUAAUCAGUAAAUUCUCUGGGCCAGAGCGCGCCUCUUCUCCACUGAGCCCCUCCUCUGGAUCCCCAAAGUCUCCCUUUCCCGAGAUUCUGGGCUCACCAAAGUCCAAGAUGAGUCUGGUUACACUGAGCAGUCUUGACCCGGACCCGAGUCCAGCCCCUGUCAUCACCGUUACUCCACUUCACGCCUCUUCUCCACUGAGCCUCUCCUCUGGAUCCCCAAAGUCUCCCUUUCCCGAGAUUCUGGGCUCACCAAAGUCCAAGAUGAGUCUGGUUAACCUGAUCAGUCUUGAACCGGACCCAAGUCCAGCCCCUGUCGUCACCGUUACUCCACUUCACGCCUCUUCUCCACUGAGCCCCUCCUCUGGAUCCCCAAAGUCUCCCUUUCCCGAGAUUCUGGGCUCACCAAAGUCCAAGAUGAGUCUGGUUAACCUGAUCAGUCUUGACCCAGACCCAAGUCCAGCCCCUGUCGUCACCGUUACUCCACUUCUCGACUCUUCUCCACUGAGGCCCUCCUCUGGAUCCCCAAAGUCUCCCUUUCCCGAGAUUCUGGGCUCUCCAAAGUCCAAGAUGAGUCUGGUUAACCUUAUCAGUCUUGACCCAGACCCGAGUCCAGCCCCUGUCGUCACCGUUACUCCACCGAUCAGGAAAAACAGUCAAAAUGGAGAUAAACUGGCUCAGACAGACACGAAAACAAGUCCAAUUAUAGCAGGAAUCGCUAGUUCAGAAGGAGGCGUCUCUGAGAAGACUGAAUUAGAGUCAAAGAAGAAAACACAAACAACAGACUCUGGUAGGGAAUCGGUGGCUGACUCCGGUAUGGGAUCGGUAAGCGAAAUAAACGUCCCGAAAACCCUUCUGUGUUGAUGUCCACGCAUGACAAGAAAGCUCUGCAUCCGCUGUGCAUGAAGAUGUCAAAGCAGCAUGGCACUGCAGCUGUCUUUAAAUGCAUCUCAAUCUGGAUAACAACGAUAACGAAAAGCAUCAAACCGUGAUGGGCUCUUUAAUCAAACUAAUCAAAUUGGUCUCAAACUCCCCUUUCUGCUCGAUCCUAUCCUAUGAAUCAGCUUCUGCACUGGAACAAUUCAUCUGUGAUCUAACAUCAUAACACCGACCUUUACUUUGUGACUGUGUUGACUUUAAUUGCAUGAGACUGUUUGGUUCAGGAGCAAUGUGCUUAAGCUUGCAUCUGACAAUUUGCUUGACAAGUAAUUGUGUGUUUACCAGCUUGUUGUGGUGUUCUUCUGCCCCCUAAUGGCCAGGCCAGAAAAUUCACAACUGUAAUUUUUCAUGAAAUCUCAGUUGGCACAUUGUGAAGGAAAAUCUGUUGGAAUGAAAUCCUGGAAGCUGAAACAGAUUAAAAAGUUGAUUAUUAUUAAACUUCAGACAAAAUUGAUAAUUGCUAUGAUCCUCAUUGUAUCUUUUCUCCCAGAAGGAUUGUUACUCUUACGAAUCUUCAAAAUUAAACUGCUCUUUUUGUCUGAUUUGAUGUCCAAUCUAAUCAUCUUUUGUCAAUCUAAUCUCCUCUGUCUGUUUAAUAACUGACACAAUGCUCCUUGAACUCAUCCUGUGUUUUUCAUACCCUCUGAUGCAGGUGAAUCUUUUUGUCAAAAACAUCAUUUUUAUGCCUCGUCCCUCUUUUCUUUCCUCUUCCUCUAGGAAUCUGAAUUUGAUACCAACAAGCAGCCAGAGAGCCCAUCAGAGGAGGAGCCCACCACACCCAAAGUCGUGUCCACCAGCCAGAACCCGAAAUAUCAGCUGUUCCUCAACAAUGAGAUAAAGACCAACGGGGUGAGCGGCAGGGAAGCAGAUGGUCUAGGCGGAGGCGGGCUGGUGGGGGAGAAUGGCCCCAGGCUGCCCCGAUUGGAAACACCCCGGCAGGGGAUGAACCACUUUCGAGGGUCUCUGGAGUCCCUGACCCCACGGGAGUGGGACACUAUGUCUGACAGGGUGGGUGAGGUCGAUUGGGGACUCUAAAUGUUUGUGAAUCAGAUCUGGGAGAUUAGAGACAGUCCUCUGAUAAUCACAUGCUGUUUUACAGCUGGAUAUCUGUGAUUUCUAAAAAGAAAAAUGGGAGAGCGCCAUCUCCUGGACAAAGCACUGAUCCAAUUCUGUUCAUACAAUAUGAAAACACCACAUCUUUAAAGAAUUAAGACAAGAUACAACCAUUUGGUAAAGUUUAUUCUGGACCUCUUCUCCCAGAGAGAAAUGAUCAGUGCUGCAAAGUCAAACCUUAGCAACUGAGUAAAAAGUCAUAUUUUUAUGAAUAAGUGGGAAUUUCUGCAGAUGUGUGAAACUUAAAGCACAAUUCUGCUGCACUUUUACAUUAUCCUGCACGAAGAAGAAAUGUUCAAGUAUUCAUAGAUAGCACCUGGAGAUUAAUCAUCUGGUGUUCCAGGAAUUUGACACAAAACACGCAAGCAAUGAAAACUUAUUCAACAACAUACAAAGGCCGUCAAGCACCAACUCAAACUUUCUUCCCAUAGUGCCUCUACAUCUACAAAGAUUAAACAGGAACUGAUUUUAAAAAAGUGGAUAAAGAGUUGGGGUUUUUUACACUGUCUAGUAGUUUAUUGCAGUCAGAGGGAGCAGUGAGUUUAAUGGCAUGUCUUUGUUGGUUUUUAGGGCAAGGAUGGAAAUUUGCGGUGUGUCUGAGAGAGUACGGGGAUUUGUAGGAUGGUAAAUAUUAUUUAAGAAAGGGGACUCAGUUAAAAAAAUGCAUUUAAAAAAAUUGCACUAGAGCCUGUGAUAAUGUCUUCAUGCAGUGCAAAAAGACAUAGACACACAAAGAAAUGCAGUUAAUUACAAAUAUAAAACUUUUUUUUAAUUGAACUCAUGAAUAUUUUAAAGUUGCAGUUUUUUACAUAGGCAAAAACCUCGGAUCUUGAGAAAUGAAGCUGAUGCAGGUGUGCUAAAAAAACUGCAGUUCCUCAAGUGUCCUCUUGAGGCUGACUGCAGAAGCAACAAAAACUACAUACACACUCAGCCAAAAAAAAAGCCUUUUUUUACAAUGGCGUCCAGUAAUUAUACAGCCUAUUGUCAAAACCCUGACAACCAACAACUUCAAGAUAUAUUUUUUCCCUUCCAGAUGUUGGAUGACAUCUUCUGGAAAAAGCACAGAUUAAAGGUUUCUUAUUUGCUGACUAUGACUAUCACUGAUUUAUCAUACCAGAGUUUCUCAACUUCUGGCAGACUUCUGCAAUGGUUUUAACAUCAUAAAUGCUUUUUCAGAUGUUAAAUAUUUGAUUAAUUAAAUGUUGGUUGAGAAACUCAGUUGUAUGAAGUGACCGAAGAGUUAAAUGUUGCCUCACAUCAAAUCCAAUCAUUGCCAGAACCGCUUUCGCAAAGUCCAGCUUCUAAAUGUUCAGUUCUAUAAUGGAAAUAAAAUGAUCAACUAGAGCCAAUGUGCAGCUGUCAAUAAAAAAGGUCAUGCUUAAUGACAAUGUUUCAACAAGUGAUCAAUACUAAUGUAAUAAUAAAUUAUAUUUUCUUUUUCUCAAUUUAUCUUCAUUUAAUUUCUGCAACAAUUGUUUGAAUUUUAUUUACCACCAAUAGAAGAAGAUGCUAAAUCUAUGCUUCUGCAAUUGUUUUCAAUCCGCAAUAAGAUCCAUUUUCAUUACAUGUUUCUCUAUCUAUAACUUUAUUACUGUUUUGUUUUGUUUUUUUUCCUAGGCAAGCUUUUCUGACAACUCUCCCAGGGUGUUUCACAGUCCAUACUCCACCUCCAUGGAUUACAACCCCACACAUCGCAUGUCUGAGUUUAAGGUUAUUAUAUUUCCGCUACUUUAAUAUGCAAGAUGCUACCUGGAUGUAUGUUUAUGAUUUGUUCAAGUUCUUCUGUUUUCUGGUUGAAGAAAUACUCCAAAUGUCAAAAUCUUAGGUGGCUUUUGCCUUUAAAAUUUACACAAGCAAGCCUCCGAUAUAACUGAGUGAAGGGACUGACUCUGGUCUUUGCCUCUUUGUUCAGCCCGGACCGUCUCCUGCCACCUCUGAAUUGAACCUCUUCAGCUUCACCAGUCGCAGCACCAGUCCAGUAGCCCACCCUCUCAACUCUCCUCGCCCGCGAUAUUCUGCCUAUGACAGUUUGAUAAAGAGGAGGACCGAGAUGAUCCACCCUGUAAGUCGCAUUCACACAAAUACUGUCAACUACCCACACAUAUACUACAGACUUAUUAAUUACACUGUUACUUUUUUUUGAUGUUGAUUGAAAUCUGACAAAUAUGGGACUUUAACACCAAUACCACAAAUUGUGUCCGGAAUUUUUCUUGGUGGUUAAAUUUGAAGAGGUGAUGUAAUAUCUAUAUUUAUCACACAAUUUACAAUAAACUAAAGCUCCUCUGCUUGCAUGUGUCACCAAAAACUGUCAUAUUUUCUUAAAAUGCUGCAAUUUUUUUAUAUUUAUUUUUGCAGAAUCUGUUGUCGUUACUGAUACCAAUAUAUCUGUGAUAGGCUAAAAUCAGCUGCAUAGAUCAGUCAGGCUUGAAUGUUUGUAUUUAGGGUUUAUUUAUGUCUUUGUCGCAGCAGCAGCAGCAUCAGCAGCUGCAGCUCCAGCAGCAGCCACAGGUGAUAAAUACCCACUACAGUAUGCGCUCUAAUACAGUGGGAGCUUCACCCAAUAGGAAAGACUACAUAGAAGAGCUGACCAAACAGAUGGAUGCCUGUCAGAAGGUAUGCUUCAUCUCCUUCAUUUCUGGGAGUCCAGAACUUGCUAUUGAUGCCUGAUGGAAGUCAGAUAUGAACAGUGUAUUCUGUGUUUUCUUCAGCGUAACCAGUUCCUGGAGGCAGAGAGCAUUGAAAUGGACAAAGAAAGGAACCAGAUUAGGUCAGGUGUUGUUUUCUUUCCAUUACUUUCUGUUUCUGGUCACAUUUACACUUUCUUUUGAAUCUUAUUUUUUUAGAGUAAGCUAACAAGCUGUUUUACUGUGUCUCUGAAGGUUUGAGAUGCGCAACCUGCUGGUUAACAAUGAGGACCUGCUGAGAACCAACACUCAGCUGAACAAUGAGAUGAAGAGGCUGAGGGAGCAGAUGCUGGAGAUGGACAGAGAGAAACAGGCCAUGGUUGAGAGAUUCAGAACCAUGGAGGUAAGAGCAGGUGGAUGAAUGGAUGAAUGAAUGGAAAGAUCCAGCAAGUUAUUCAUGUGUUUGCAUGAGUGUUUCUUCUUUCUGUGCAGAUUGAGGUGAAGGAGGCACGAGAGGUGAUGGUGGAGGCCAACAAUCAGGAGUACGCCUUCAAUUUCCUCCAGCAGUCACUCCAAACCCAGCUGAAGGAUGCAGAGGUACUAAAGCCCAAAACCCCAGUAGUAAAAAGAGAGACAGAAGGAACGGGUGUCAGACAGUAUUGCUGCCUUAUCCUCAACAAAAAAAUCUUGUACAUUGUGAUCAGAGUUCCUCAAUAAAUGACAGGGGUUUCUCUUUAAAUCUUUAGGUUUUGGUUAGUACUAGACACCAAUGUUAAAAAAAAAAAAAGAACCAGAGCCCUAAAUACUGUGUGUUGUGUGGUGUUCAGGAGAGUCUGGAGAAGGAGCAGCAGCACUCCCAGAGUCUUUCUGAGAAGCUGUGGCACGCAGAGAGGCAGCUGGAGGAGCUGGAGUUUGAUAAAGGCACCAAAAGCAAGAAGGCGUCUGAACUUAACAGCACUAUCGAAAGACUGGAGAAAGAGGUAAAGAGAUCGAAAAAGGAUUGUUUGACCUUCACAUGUCUAUUAAACCAAAAACAUUAUUAUCUAUGGAAGUUGAAAUACCAUAUCCUUAUUAUUGUAUAUUAUAUUGUGAAAUUAGUGAGGAGAUGGCUGAGUUGGGUAUCAUCUGCAUGUCAUGAUACAAUACAGCCAAACCGAGAAUAGAGCCUUGGGGAACUUUAAAGAUCAAACCUUGGGCUGUUGUCACUUUACUGAAUUAUUGUUCAUGUUCAUGUAAUUUUAUGAAAUGCAGUUCACAGCAGUACCAUCAUGGGAAGAUAUGUGAUCUCUUCAAGUGGUCUGCUAAUGUUUUGGAGAUCAGUUAUACUCCUGUGAAUUCACAAGAUCAAGUACCCUUAGAUUUACAUCCUUUCUUAACGCUCAGUGGCUAAAAACAGCCACUGACAUUGACUGCUGUGAAAACAUAUUGGAUUCAUAUUUUUUUCAGAUUUUUUUUCAUAUAUCCCUUUAUUAACAUCUGCUUUAUUCAAAACUAGUAAAUGUUUCAUUAAGAAUCCAAAUUUUAACCCUUUAAGGACCCAUUUAAAAUAUAAAGUCACUAAAAUUGGGGAAAAAAUGGGAGGAAAACGACUGAUUUUUAUUAGAUUUAUUUUCUACCAUAUCAGUGACAUUAUGUUUUGAAUGGACCCUCAAAGGGUUAAAAAAAAUGUUUUUAGAUGAAACAUUCACUAGUUUUGACCAAAGCAGAAGUUAAUUAAGAGAUAUAUGAAAAAAAUAUUGGAAAAAAAUAUUAACCCAAUAUGUUUUUACAGCAAAGUUAGUGGCUGUUUUUAGCAACUGAGCGUUAACAACGGAUGAAAAUUUGCCCACCGUGUAUUUUUAAGUCAUAUUCUCAAAGUGUCCAUCAAUAUAAGCAUCUGCACAAAAAAUCCUCCCAUUUGCUGCAGUAAAAAAAAAAGUUACGUGGAAAUUAGUGGCUAAAUUUUGCCCCUAGUGGCUGAUUUCAGCCACAGCGUCACACAAGGGUUAAUCAGAAAGAAUAUUAGCUUACAUAGCAGGGUCAAAAUGACAAAUAAUGUGUGUAUGUGCCUACUAAUGUAUACAAUAAGUUGGUGUGUGUGUGUGUGUUUCCAGCUGUCUGAGGCCCUGCAGGUGUCGACACAGGCCACAGCAGAGCUCAACCUGCAGCAGAAGCUGCGUGAUGAUGGCCAGGUGAGGGUGGAGGAGCUGGAGGAGUCUUUGCUGGAGAAAGAACAGGAGGUGGUAAAACUACAGGCCCUCGUCAACAAACUGCAGGGAGAGGUACGACCCUGAAAGUCUCUUUUCAUCUAAAUAUGUAAAGCUGCAAAUUGAAGGAUUUACUCCAGGUGCAUUGUUCUUAUGGUCAUUGCAUGCGUAUGUGUAGGUCUCUGGUAAACUGAUCGAUAAGGAACGAACGCUGGAGGAGGAGAUCCAGCUGAGAGAGAGGAUCCAGCUGCAGUGUAAGCAGGCAGAGAGGUCAGUGGAGGACCUCCAAAUGGAGCUGCACACCACCAUUCAGGGGAAAGAGGACCUGGCUAAACAACUCAAACAGGCCCAGGUAAAUCACUGAAAACUCAGUACUGAACUGGUACAGUAAGAGUAAAAUCCUGCUUUGUAGUUUUGGACACCAUCAUAUUUUGUAAAUAAGUAAAAUAGCUGUUUAUGGAUGAUAAAAGUUGCAUGUUUGACCUGUAAUUUUAUAGUUUGAAUGAAUCUCGAUAAGUUUUAGUAUUCAACACUAAACAUUGACAAAUAAACACACGCACACACACACUUCUCUCUCCAUUUGCCAUGAAUUAAAUAAGUGCCAUUAUUAGACAGUAUCUAUAGUAUAAAAACAAACAUGACCCAGUGAUUCAAAUAGAGAUGUCCACUUGAGUUUAUCAGUCAUGCAAACCAUCAGAGUUUGGGGUUAAUGAGGCAUUAAUUAUGCUAAUCCUGCUCCUGCCUUAAUCCCGAAUAUUCAUCAUACUGCUAUUUCCGUAGAAACUUUAUCCGUCCCAUUUCUGAAUAACCUGAAUUUGUUGUGCUGACGGUUGUCACCAUGAAUGUUGACCUGAGAUCAGAGGCUGUCAGAGAAAAAAUAGUGUAGUUUAAUUGUUUAGAUGAUGCUAAAUUCCUUCUUCUUCCUCUUGUUUCAGGAGAAGAUGAUUGACCUGGAGACUGACCUGGAGGAGCUGCAUGACAGUGAGCAGAGGUGGGCCGCAAAGCACAAGAGAGCCAUCGAGCAGGUAAAAACUCAAGGGACAGAAAGUGUCAUUUGUGGGAUUUAUCAGCUAAUAAACAAACUUGAUUACUAUGAUUGGACCGAGUACAUCCAACUGAGAGUGAGACAUUUCUGUUUAUUUUCUGUUAGACUGAGCAGCUGCAGCUGAAGCUGAUUCAGGAGAAGGAUAUGAAUGAUGUGCUGGAGACUGACAAGGCCGGCAUGGAGAGACAGGUACUUUGUGUUUAUAGAUGUGUUUGGUUGUAUUCUGAUUUAUUUGGACCCUUUUUGCCAUAAUGUUUCACUUUUCACAUGAGGGAAACCUGCAGAUUUUCGAGGCUCAUGUCGGUAAAAAACAGUUUUGUAAUAUUUAAAGGACAUACUAUAGUUGCAACUAUCUUUUAAGAAGCCCAAAUUCCCAGAUAUGGAAAAUUUUAUUAACAAUACCCAUUUCAAAGGGGCAAAAGUCACUAAUUUCUUGUUAGAAAACAAAAAAAGGGUAAAAAAUAGGUGGUGAGCAAAGAUUUUGUAGUUAAAUCACUGUAAAAAUGUUGCUUUCUGCAACAAGCAACUUUGUUAAAAAACUUUUACAGUUAUUAACUGUGACACAACUAUGAGACAAAACGUAAGCUCAGCUCUGCGCUUUAAGAAACCCUGUGAAAUCAAGUGUUUAAAAGCAUUUCUCAGUAUGUGAUGAAUGAACAACAGAGGCAUAACUCGAAUGAAGCCAAAAUCUGAAAUAAGCUUUUUCUUUCCCUCUCUCUCUCUAUAGCUGCGUGAGUUGCGUUCAGAGGUGGAGGAGCUUCAGAGCUCCAGAGUUCAGGAGGAUGUCAUCUCCAGGGCUGAGACUCGAGUCAAAGAGCUGGAGAACACACUGAGGACCGAGGAGAGGUCAGUCACAUCACUGCUGGUUUUGACUUGAACUGUUCAUCAGGUUGUUUCCUCUCAAGUCUAGUCAUACCUGUAGCUCAGAUCUUUUGGUCAGGACCAGAAAGUGACCAUACGGGGGAAAAAAAACAUCCAAACUAGCAUGGAUUUGGAUAUGAGAAAUAUUUGACCAAUGUAACCCAUGCUGUAAUGAGCUGGAACGCACAGACAUGCAUGUUCAGCUAAGCUAUUGCUACAGGCUCAUGAGUUUGUGUUGUGUCACAGGAACAAAUCUGUUCUGGGAAACAGUGUCAGCAAACUGGAGAGGAGGAUCAACGAGCUGACUGACCAGAUGGAGGAGGAGCACAGGAUAGCUAAUGAGCAGAAAGAGCUGGUAACACUAAAACACAGAGAUACACGCACACACACACUCUUUUCACCACAUGAUGGCAGUGUAAGCAAAGUAACCAAUAUGUUUAGUGUCCCUCUUUUCAACAGGAGUAGAAAGAUGAAAUAUCCACAUCUAUCUUUAUUAACAUCAAGAUACUUUUUAUGCAAUUAAUUUAACAUAAAUGGACAUCAAAAGUACUUGAUUAAAUCAUCUGUUUUGAAUGGAUUUGGUCUUUUAUUCUGAAAAUAUUGUUGUUUAUGCCAGGACAUUUUUUGCUUUCUGCAAGCAAAACUCCUUUUUUUUAUUUUCUUUUUUUAAUCUAUCCUUUUAAAGGUACAGUAUGUGUUUUUUUUUUCUGGCAUUUGGCAGAACAGACUUGGUUGUACUGAAAUAUUAAGCAUUUGUUUACAUUAGUUCUUAAAAAAUGGUCUUUUAAGGUGUUAAAAAUUUGACAUUACCGUGAGAGAAAUUUGCUUCAGAGGAUAUUUCACAAAAAUUAUGACCUGCCAAACUAUUCAAGAUGAUUUUGUUAAAUGUUGUGCAAACAUAUAUAGACAAACGAGGAAAGUCUAUGUGAUAGCUCACACUGUUUUUAGCCGUAGGUGGCAGUUUUCAUCUUCUCCUGUGAAUCCAAACUAAAUGCUGCUCUGUGAUCCCUCCUCCAGAUGGCCCAGAGGAUCCGUUCCCUGAAGCGUCAGGUAAACGAGGCAGAAGAGGAGGCGAGCAGGAAAGAGGCUCAGUACCGCCACACCCAGAGAGAGCUGGCAGAGGAGAGGGAGACGAGUGGCCGUCUGCAGAGGCAGCUGCUGGACCAGCACAUGCAGACGAAGUAUGAACAUUAGCACACUGACAUUUUCUCACACUUGGUCUACACUUUGGCAUCACUUAGAAGUUAAUACUUAAGAUUUUAAAAGGCUGUAAGAGAUAAGGGAGAAAAAAGGUCUAGUCCAACUUAAAAAUACCCAAGAUUUUUUUUAAAAAAAGAAGAAAAAUAAUAGGAGCAAUCUUGUCAUUUCUCCUGGCAGUUAGUUUUCUCACUCCUGGCUCACGGUAGAGUUGAUUCCUGUAAACUUUGUGUUUAGAUCCUACCUCUCAUUGUUUACAUGUCGUAGUGAUCCUGGCCAAGACACUGAGCCUAAAACUGCUCCAGAGUGGUUCCAGGUUGUAAAAUCAGCCCUGUUUUAACGCAUGUGAGAGGGAUUAGUAGUGCUUGUGCACCAGACCAAAAUCAUCACCUUUGUUCCAUAAAUCAACCUGUUUCUCUUGAUGUCACAGGCGUAUGGAUUCUCUGACCAUCCGUCAGACUCUGGACAACCUGAGGUUGGACUUGAGCGUCGACGAUGAAGACGAGGAGCCGCCAAAAGAAGAAGAAGAAACAACAACGGGCCAAGUCACCAAAGUCUAA